CGCGGUGAUGCACGUGACAUGAUUUUCCCACCGUUUACGGCAGAAAAAAAUACGACAGAGGGCGAGAAGAGGGGUGCAGUUGUCGGCGGCGAGACCUUCUACGAUAGGUGUGGUUUUGUUACUUUUUUAAAGCUGCAUUGAUUCGGGCUAACAUCGCCCCCUGCUGUCCAUCUUCCAGCGGUUUGUCGCAAGAAAAGUAUCUUCCAGGUGCACCUGUGUAGGCGUCCUAGUCCUGUGCUGUCUGUCCACUUGGGAAACAUUCAAUUUUAUUGUCCCCAAUAUCAACCCCGCUUCCGGAACACGCCCAGCCAGGACUUCAGAAAUUACAGAGCAGGCCCCACGGCAAGGAUCAGAAUCACGGUGGAGGGAAAACUCCCAGCUGCACAAACAAUCGUAUACAACGCAUCGAUCGACCCAUUCUCGCCAUCGAAACGAUCGCUGCGAACAUAGUCAACAAAAUGACGGCUUCAUACCAGCCCCAGCUGGUGUUCGUUGACGGCUCCUUCGCGGAGCUGGCGCAGGACAUGGCAAGCGUGCUCCAGAUCAGCGACGAGAUCCAACCUCUUCUCGACAGCGAGAAGGAGAGUGAAGCGCUGACCAAGAUUGUCAGCGAGUCGAAGAAGCUGAACGCGAUCCCGGAGAAGGAGUUCACAGGCGCCUACAACCUUCUCGUGCAUCUGGUCCUGCAAUCAAAGGAGCCCAAGAAGCACCUGCCAACAAUCUGCCAAAACCUAACGAGGCCCGUCACAUCGUCGCCCCAGCACGGCGCCCAAUUAGCACUCUUCGAGCUCACGAGCAUCUUCAACCUUUUGAAACCCAACGACCCAGUGCGGUUCAACGUUUUCAUCCAGAUCAUCCGUUUCUACAAGAUCCACAGCAUCCCAAUCUCAGACCACCUGAAGAGUGCUUUGAAGCAGUUGCCGAGAUGGCUGCAGAGCUGGGAGCUGGAUGAGGAGGACCAGCGCAAGAUGUAUUCAGAGGUUAUUGAGGUCAUGACUGCUGCUGGAGAGGAAGAGGAGGCAUAUCAACAUAUCCUCAAGGCGCUACGUACUUUCGACUCCGAGGAUGCCGAGGAUUACACAUCCGAGGAGGCCCAGCAGCUUGCUCUCCGCGCCCUCCGCUCCGCGAUAUCCUCACCAACCAGGCUCUCGUUCGAGGACAUUCGGGCAUUGCCCGCUGUCCACGCUCUUAGCGAGUCGCACCCUGUCCACUAUCAGCUUCUGCAGAUCUUCGGCGAGCAAGACCUCGACGACUAUGAUGACUUCAGGGAGGAGCACGAGGGUUUCAUCGAGAAGGAGAACCUUGACAAUGAGGUUCUCUACCGAAAGAUGCGACUGCUUACUUUUGCGUCGCUGGCAGCAGCAAGCAUGCAGACGCGCGAGAUAUCGUACAAUUCCAUCACCAAGGCGCUCCAGAUCCCUUCGGAGGACGUUGAGAUGUGGGCAAUCGACGUUAUACGCGCUGGCUUGGUCGAGGGCAAGCUUUCCCAGAAGAAGAAGGUCUUCCUGAUUCACUCGGUCAGAUACCGUGUGUUCGGCGAGAAGCAGUGGCGCCAGCUUGCAAGCUCACUGGAGAAGACCAAGAAGACGGUCAGCACUCUGCUCCAGACGCUGCGCAGGGAGGAGGCGAAUGCACAGCAGGAGGCUGAGCGCAAGUUGGUCGAGGCGAGCACUCAGCACAACAACGACCGUGGCAACCAAAGGCGAGGCGGCAACCGUGGCCAACAACACCGCGAGCGUAACGACAAUGACGAUUGAGAAACAAAAAAUUAAGACCGAAGACGGUGGGGAAAAGUCUAUCUGGUUUUGUUUUUUGUCUUUGUUUUAACGCAGCUGGGUUCAAAAGGUCCUGGGUAGCUUUAGGUGUUGGGGUUUCGAGCCAGCAUUAGUUGUGACGCCAAUCGAAGAGAUGUCUUCUUUUUCUUUUUUGGCCUGGGAUAGACGGUUCUGAAAGUCCGAAAUUUGUCUAUCAUGCCUAGUUAUAUUCUCUCAUACGGCGCCGCACUGGGGUUCGUCAAAUAUUGACACGCGGCAGGGCAUGGGUGACCUUAGGGCAGGGAAUAAACAAGAAAAUUCUAUCUGCUCGUCCAUGAGCUGUGUGUUGUAGUGUAUGUAUGUAGAAUGUGUGCGGAAAUGGGUAUAGAAUCAACUAGACUUGAGAUCCUGAGCACCGAGAGUCGGUCUCUUCACGGCUCAACGCCAAGCACAAUCUAUACGAGACAAAGUGAAGCGCCAUGCAGUGUUACAGAGAUAAGAGGCAAAGAAGUAAAAAUAACAUAAAAGAAUUACACAGGAGAAGUCUUUUUUUUU